AUGAGAGAAGUUAUUUGUGUUAAAGAGAAGCUGUUGUCUGUGCCAGGAGUGUUAUGGUGCGUGCUGGUGGUGGCGGGGACCUGCUCCGCCAAUUGGCAGUGGCCGGACAGCGAGGCAGCCGCCUCCGUCCGCAUCGACACCAAAGUGCGCUUCAUUGAUGCCGAGCCCGACAAAGACAGUGAUAAGGUAGUUCGCCACGUGAUGUUCGAUGAUGUGCCGUUCAAGCAGCCGGAGGAGACGGACGGGUUCUACAACCGGCCGCCCGGCGCCGGCCGCUACCCGGUCCGGGUGGAGGCGCACCGCGCGCCCUACCGUUCCGACGGCACCGGCAUCUACAGCGCCAACAUUCAGCAUAAGAACAUGUUGUCUGAUGGCACGCUGGACUCCCUGCAGUACUGCAAGUGUGUCAGCAACGCUGACUGCAAUCCCCGCGUCGACUCACGGAACGCUUGCGGAGCCGGCAAGUCCCUGUGCUGUUACCCGCACCACAAAAACAAACUCCCAUUUACUCACAAAAACCAAUACUUCAACGAACUAGAGGACGACCGACCGAUGCUACUGCCGGGACAAGAGAACUUGGCGCGCCCGUUUCCACCGCCGCCAGCCUCCGCACUCAACGGUCUGUUCGGCUCCUUCGGACCUGGACACGACCAUGACUCCUCGCACAUUGGAGUUUUCGAGAAGCCAUUGGGAGUGCUCGUAGGGCCAGACGGUCCAACAGGAGUACUAGGGCCACAAACCAAACAUAAACAACCCGGAGUUCUUGUUGGACCUGAAGGACCAACCGGCAUCGUAGGCCCAGCGCCUGACGGAACAGGAAGCGAGACGGCACAAGGCGGAGUCUUGGUUGGUCCAAUGGGACCCUCGGGAUUGGGCUCGUAUGGCCGCGGACCAUUGCUAGUGGGCCCAGGAGGACCUACAGGUAUUAUCGGGCCAGCCAGGGGCCGCAACCCAGGUAUUCUAGUAGGACCAGGCGGGCCUACCGGUAUCAUCGGGCCUGCUUACGGCAGGCAACCAGGAAUUCUAACGGGCCCUGGCGGCCCCACGGGUUCCAUCGGGCCUGGGAGACAAGUGUUAGUGGGCCCCGGUGGACCCACUGGCCGGAUUGGACCGCAGCGAUUCUUUGGUAAAUAAUCGUGCCAUGUGUUGUGUGGUGACUAAUAGAAUAUGGAACUAACAAGUUAUAACGCUGUAAGUAGUUUACCUAUGAGACUUUGGAGUGUAAUAUGCACCACGAGCAGUGUAAGUACAUGUAAAUAAUUGUAGUUAAUCAUAUUGAUGUGGUCCUGUGAUAACCGCGACAACCCCGAGCUGCACACGCGUGCGAACAGCUCACAGGGUAGUAAGCGCUGAGCUGUUGCAGGCCACCCGUGCAAGCGGGGGAGCGCCGCGGCGGACGACGCGACGCAGGAGCCUGCCUCGUCCGAAACAGAGUCCACACACCAGUAUACAGAGACAACCAACACGCCAACCACAUAUGUUACUGAAAUAAACGAAUAGUAGGAAACUAUUUCUUUCCUUUUCAUUAAUCCUAUAUUAUACGCC